AUGUUGUGGGCACAAGAGGUUCGGCUCCCGGAGCUAAUCCCGGAUAUUUUCAUCCCUGUGACAGCCGCUGUGGGCAUCAUCUUUGCUCUCUUCCUGUGGUGGCGGGUGUCUGGUAUCAAGGUCCGCACUGGCCAGCGAUCCACUGGCGAGGAUGGUCGCACCUUCCUGCUGGAGGAGGAGCUGACCGGAGAGGAUUCGAUUGUCCAGAAGGUGGCGGAUCUUCAGGAUGCGAUUUCUGAGGGAGCAACCUCCUUCCUGUUCACAGAGUACAAGUACAUGGGCGUCUUCAUGGUGCGGUUCUCAUCGUUUCAUAGUUGGCACACUGACGAGGAGGGUGUCAAGCAUGCGCCCGCCCUGUACAACGGCGCGUUCUCCACCAUCGCGUUCCUGGUCGGUGCCGUGACCUCGAUCGUCUCCGGAUGGCUGGGCAUGACCAUUGCGACGUACGCCAACGCUCGCACUGCCCUGGAGGCUCGCAAGGGCAUCGCCCCCGCUUUCAUGACAGCCUUCCGCUCGGGCGCUGUCAUGGGCUUCCUCCUGUCCUCCAACGGCCUGCUGGUGCUCUUUAUCACCAUCAAGAUCUUCAAGCUGGUGUACGGAGACGACUGGGAGGGCAUCUACGAGGCCAUUGCCGGCUACGGUCUGGGCGGCUCCUCCAUCGCGCUGUUCGGCCGUGUGGGCGGCGGCAUCUACACCAAGGCCGCUGAUGUGGGCGCUGACCUCGUGGGCAAGGUCGAGAAGGACAUCCCCGAGGACGACCCCCGCAACCCCGCCGUCAUUGCCGACAACGUGGGAGACAAUGUGGGUGACAUUGCCGGCAUGGGCGCUGACCUGUUCGGAUCCUUCGCUGAGGCCACCUGCGCCGCUCUGGUCAUCUCCUCGGUGUCCUCGCUGGGUCAGGAUCACUUCUACUCCUCCAUGAGCUACCCGCUGCUCAUCUCCGGCGCCGGCAUCAUCAUCUGCCUGCUGACCACUUUCAUCGCCACCGACCUGCGCCCCGCGCGCAUGGUGUCCGAGAUCGAGAACACCCUCAAGUACCAGCUCAUCAUCUCCACCCUUCUCGCCACCCCUGUGGUGUUUGCGAUCAGCUACUACGCGCUCCCCCCUGAGUUCACUGGCAUCUUCGUCGACGAGCCCGACCGCGUGGUGAAGAACUGGUACAUGUUCUUCUGCGUCGCUGUCGGCCUGUGGGGCGGCCUCAUCAUCGGCAUUGCCACCGAGUACUUCACCUCCAACCGCUACCAGCCAGUCCAGGAUGUGGCUGACGCUUGCCGCACUGGUGCCGCCACUGACAUCAUCUUUGGCCUGGCGCUGGGCUACAAGUCCACCAUCAUCCCCUGCUUCGUCAUCGCCAUCUGCAUCUACGUCAGCUUCUCGCUGGCCAACAUGUACGGCAUCGCCUGCGCCGCCCUGGGCAUGCUCACCACCAUGAGCACUGGCCUGGCCAUCGACGCGUACGGCCCCAUCUGCGAUAACGCCGGAGGCAUCGCCGAGAUGGCGGGCAUGGGCGAGGACAUCCGCGAGCGCACCGACGCGCUGGACGCUGCCGGCAACACCACCGCCGCCAUCGGCAAGGGCUACGCCAUCGGCUCCGCCGCGCUCGUCUCCCUGGCGCUCUUCGGCGCCUACGUCACCCGCGCCGAUAUCACCACCAAGGACUCCUCCAUCCUCGACCCCGAGAUCUUUGCUGGCCUGCUGGUGGGCGCGAUGCUGCCGUACUGGUUCAGCGCGAUGACGAUGAAGAGCGUGGGCAAGGCCGCGCUGGCCAUGGUUGAGGAGGUGCGCCGCCAGUUCAACACCAUCCCCGGCAUCAUGGAGGGCACCGGCCGCCCCGACUACCGCCUCUGCGUCGAGAUCUCCACCCAGGCCUCCCUGAGCGAGAUGAUCGCCCCCGGCGCCCUGGUGCUGCUGACCCCUCUGGUGGUGGGCAUCCUGUUCGGUACCCGCACCCUGGCCGGCGUGCUGGCUGGAGCUCUGGUGUCCGGCGUGCAGAUGGCCGUCUCCAUGUCCAACACUGGAGGCGCCUGGGACAACGCCAAGAAAUACGUUGAGGCUCAGGCCACCGAGCACGCGCGCUCCCUGGGAGGCAAGGGCUCCGACGCGCACAAGGCGGCCGUCAUCGGCGACACCGUUGGUGACCCGCUCAAGGACACCUCGGGCCCAUCGCUGAACAUCCUCAUCAAGCUGAUGGCCGUGGAGUCCCUGGUCUUUGCGCCCUUCUUCCAGGCCCACACCCCCUCUGGUCUGAUCUUCCAGUGGUUCCACUAGGCGUGUGGCUCUUGGGAGAGAGUAGGGGUGUGAAAUACCCGCAGGUGUCGGCAGACAGAGUCAUAGCUUAGCUUAGGACAUGUUUUCUUGUGGUUUGAUGUGGUGUGACUUGGGCAGGCUCUUGAGACUGGGCCAGACUGUCAGUAUGCCUGAUCUGUCAAAGGCAGGCUCCAGGUGACAGCAGUCGAAGUCUCAUGUGCGUGACUAAGUUGGGACUGACAUGCCUCCUUAAUGAGGCUCGUCGUGACCAGCAUUUUUGAUGCGAGCACUGCACGGAGCAAAUAUCUGCGUCCCCUAUUGACAAGCAUGCUCAUGCCAGGUGGACUGCAGGGGCUCCAUAGUUUUCUCUCGUGUGCUGUGCCUGUGAGGUCUCACCGUAUGGCUCACGUAUGCCCAAGCGGAGUUUUUUGUGAUUCUGUGGUGCAACAAAAUCUAUUGCCUCAAUACUUGAACUAUAUGUAUGGUGCUCAAGUGUAAGAGAGUGCCCACAUCAUC